AACGGCAAUUUCCGUGACUCAACAACUCUCUUCCACCCACGCGCAUGUAACGCACGUGUCACAGGCUCUCCCUCACCCAGAAGGAAAACACGACAGCAAGGGAUAGUCUUUUUUGUGGUGUCCGUCUUAUAAAUCAAGAAUUUGUAAAAACCCCGAGAAACUUCGAAGAAAAUGGCGAAUCUGCCUCAGUCUCUGUCCCUCAACGCGCCGUUUGGUGGUGGACCCAGUGCAUCGAUCCCGAGCGCCGCCGCUGCGGCCGCUGGAGCUGGAGCUACUAAGGACCGGAAAAUGGCGUCGGCAGAACACUUGGUUCUCGAUCUAAGCAAUCCCGAUUUGAGAGAAAACGCACUCCUUGAGCUAUCCAAGAAGAGAGAAUUAUUUCAAGAUUUGGCUCCCUUGUUGUGGAAUUCUUUUGGUACUAUUGCAGCAUUAUUACAGGAAAUAGUUUCAAUAUACCCUGUUCUAUCACCACCAAACCUCACUCCUGCACAAUCAAAUAGAGUUUGCAAUGCUCUUGCACUUCUUCAGUGUGUAGCCUCUCAUCCAGACACAAGAAUGUUGUUUCUAAAUGCUCAUAUACCUUUAUAUCUGUACCCUUUCCUAAAUACAACAAGCAAGUCAAGGCCCUUUGAGUACUUGAGGCUAACUAGCUUAGGUGUCAUUGGUGCCCUGGUGAAGUUUGAUGAUACUGAAGUUAUUAGCUUCCUUCUUUCAACAGAAAUUAUUCCACUCUGCCUGCGCACCAUGGAGAUGGGCAGUGAAUUGUCAAAAACAGUUGCUACAUUUAUUGUCCAGAAAAUCUUGUUGGAUGAUGUGGGCUUGGAUUAUAUUUGUACUACAGCAGAGAGGUUCUUUGCAGUGGGACGAGUUUUAGGUAACAUGGUUGCAGCACUUGCUGAGCAACCCUCAUCGCGGCUGUUGAAACAUAUUAUUCGAUGUUAUCUCCGACUCUCUGACAACCCAAGGGCUUGUGACGCAUUGAGAAGUUGCCUCCCAGACAUGUUAAGAGAUGCCACCUUCAGUACUUGCCUUAGAGAAGAUCCAACUACAAGGAGGUGGCUGCAACAGUUGCUUCACAAUGUGGGAGUCAAUCGAGUUCCAGCACUUCAAGCCGGAGGAUUCGAUCAUAUGCUGGUGAACUGAACUCAAAGACUGCAAAUUUUCUUCCAAUUUAUGAUCAUUAUCUCUUUUUUCGUUCCAAAAUGGGCAUCAUAGGCAGAACCAUAUUAUUUAAAUCUAAGUUACCUUUGUCCAUGUCAACAUGCCAUAGUUGAGUUUCAUGUAAUUAGUGAUUUUAUCUAAGGAGAAAUGGUCUGUAAGGGGGAAAGUCAGGUGUGGUUGAAGAGGAAAAAAGCUUUCCUUGAUUGAUUUGUUCAUAAGUGGAAUGAUAUUGUACUAGCCUCACUUGUUUUAGUUUCUCAUGUGUAAUGAGAAGUUUGCUCAAGCUUAUUCCAUUUAAA